UGAUUGACUAAACUGCUUCUCCCACUUCUGCAUUUUCUACUGUUCACAUCCCCUCACUUAAACUUAUAAAAGAAAAGGCAAUCAAAGAGUUUCCUGCCGCGAAUCCGAGCCCUGUCAUUUAGCAAAAAUGAGCAGCCAGCCUUCUCUGGUCAAAGUGGAAAAAUGGAUCGCUGAAAACCAAAAUGCUUUUCUGCCACCAGUGUGCAACAAGCUCAUGCACUUUUCCCAGUUGCUCAUCAUGUUUGUUGGGGGUCCUAACACUAGGAAGGAUUAUCAUAUAGAGGAAGGCGAGGAGUUGUUCUUCCAGCUGAAGGGAGACAUGUGCCUGAAGGUGAUUGAAAAUGGCAAACACAAGGAUGUACACAUCAAAGAAGGGGAGAUGUUUCUGCUUCCUGCUCGAAUCCCCCACUCCCCCCAGAGACAGGCCAACACUAUUGGACUGGUGGUGGAAAGAAGGCGACUGCUGACUGAAACUGACUGCCUGAGGUACUACGUGGACAACACCACAGACAUCCUGUUCGAGAGAUGGUUCUACUGCGAAGAUCUGGGAACACAAUUAGUUCCAGUUAUCAGAGAAUUCAUGGCAUCAAAGCAGGCCAAGACAGGAAUACCUAAUCCAAAUGAAGUCUUCAGAGAGCCUCCGUUCCAGUUGAACACCAUGAAUGUGAUGACACCCUUGUCCUUCAAAGACUGGGUGGACAAACAGAGGCCAUCCCUGGCUAACGGCAGGCCUGUCAACAUCUUUGGAGCUCAGUUUGAGACAGAGGCAAUGGUGUUUGGACCUGGACUGACAGAGACCUCAAUCCAGCAAACUGAUAUGUGGAUUUGGCAACUGGAGGGAUCUUCAAGAGUAACUGUAGCAGAGGAGUCAUUUAAUCUGACUUCAGGAGACAGUUUUCUCAUCCCCGAGCACAGCCAAUACCAGUGGCAGAGGAAUGAGGGGACCAUUGCUUUGUUUGUUGUGCAAAAUCCGGAGCGGAAGAGAACCUAAUUGUCAACUACAUACCUGCACAUUUAUGUUAAUUACAUAGAGUGGAGAAAAAGGUAUUGAAUGUGCCAACAUUUUUCUUAGUAAACAUAUUUUUAAUCAUGCUAUUGACUUGAAACACACCAGACGUCAGUAACAACCCAAAUAAUCCACACAUACCAAAAAAUCAAAACAAAUGAGUCCAUAAAUGAAGGUAUGUGAAGUCAACUAUGAUGAUACAGGAAAUAAGUAAUAAAACCCUUACUUAACUUUAUUUAACAUUUAAUAGAAAAGCCUUUUUUAAGUAAUGCAAUUUCAAGAUGGUUCCUGUAUCAAGAAACAAGUCAUAUGCAUUGCUGAAGUGUGAUUCUGGUCCAUUCUUUCACAAAUGGUCUUCAGAUCUUGAAGGUUCUGGGGGCUUCUUCUAUGUGCUCUGAACUUUCAUUGUUUCCAUAGAUGUUCAACUGGAUGUACCCCAGUGACUGGGCCUUUCUUGCAACUUUAUAUUCUAUCCCUAAAACCAACUGAGAGUUUUUUUGGCUGUGUGUUCGGGAUCACUGUCUUGUAGAAAAAUCACCCUUUGUCUCAUCUUCAGAUACCUCCAGGUAUAUUUCUUUGAUCAUCCUUCCUUUGAUUACAUGAAGUUUCCUAGCACCAUAUGCUCAAGGACAGCCCCACACCAUGAUGGUCUAUGGUGUUUUUGGAGUGAUAUGCAGAGCAAUUUCUCCAAAAACAUUAUGGUCUCAUCUGACCAGACUAUAUUAAUUCUUUGAAUAUUUCCUUUAGCAUGCCUUUUCUGCAGCAGUUGAAUCUUGCACAGUGAGUGAUAGCAUUGCGUUUGAGUGCAUUACUUAUCGUUUUCCUUUAAACUACAUUUGCAAUUGCUCCAGAGCUUCUGGACAACUCUUCUGAUUACUUUUAGAUUCUACAGUUAGAAAUCUUGCAGGGAUCACUUGGCCGUAGCUGGUUUACGGUGAAAUGAUGUUCUUUCAACUUCUGGAUUGUGGCCUCAGUGUUUAGAAAUAGGUUUGUAAUCAGUGCCAUUGGUAUGUUUUGCAACAAUAAGGUUGUGAAGGUCUUGACAGAACUUUUUGCUUUGAUCAAUCAUGCCUCUUGUGUGAUAUCUUGGUAGUACAAAACCUUUUUAUCAGCUGGGACUAAGUUAUCUGAUAUUAAUUUGCACUAAGGGGUUAUUUUUAGCUAUUUUCUUGUUACUCUUUUCCUCAUGUAAUUUCACUUUAUUACAUUUACAUGUGAAUAACAGGUGUGAAUUUCAUAUCAACAGCCCCAUUAGAAAUAUAUUUACUGAGAAAAAUAUUGACUUGUUCAAUACGCUCUGUAUAAUGAAGGAUCACAAUGAGUAAAUAAUGCAAAUUCA